AUGGCCCGCACCCGCUGGCAAACGGGCAACUCCAAGCCGCGCAUCUUCGACACAGUCAACACCGCUUCCGUCAAAAAGCGCAGGAAGACCACCAAGAAGGAGAGGGCCCGUAGUGAGGACGGUCCCGUCCCCGAGGUGCAUCUGUUGGACAAGAAGCUCCCAUGCCCUUACUGCGACAAGACUUAUCGUAAAGUCGAUUAUCUCGUAGGGUCAGCGUCGCCCGAGACGAACCUCACCGAUGCACAGUCUACCGACAUGGACGUUCAAAUGUAUACCGACAAUGGUGCAUCCCCCCUAUCCGCAACCGGCCAUCCGCAACCCGAUUUGUCUUCCUCCACGGCUCCCUUUGUCGCCACGGAGAUAGGCAACCUACCUGACUUCGACAGCCUGGCACCAUAUCAUCCGCAGAACAGGGCCUGCGUCGACGGAAGAGCGGCCAACGUAGCUGCUGACUUUCCCAAGCAGACAAAGUUUAACCCAUACUCCUUCAUGCCGAUAUCCUAUGACGAGCUCGGCCACGACAAUGUCGCAGCGCUAGCGAAUCGUGAUGGGGAACUGUACCGCCGCGACCAACCUGUGCGCGUGCUGCGCGUCUUGUUAAAGGAGGGAAGUCCAGGGGGACAGCACCCGGCCUACGCGGCCCCACGUGCUCCGCUGCCCUGGGUCGUCGCCAACGGUAAACAACGGGUGGGGCUACCUCCCGCCAGCUGGCCCCACAUGUCCAGUCCUCCGUCAGAGCUGGACGCCCUGGACGAGUCGGCGAGCCCAGCACACUGA